GGGGCUGGGGUCGUGUCUCGCGUGCUCGUAUAAAUCGCAGAAUUGGUGUAUGAGGCGUUGCCCACUGCCGUUCAAGGGGGCUGCCAGGGUCGUCAAGAGAUACGCCCGGAGAUUCUCACUCGGGUGUCUGUAAAACCCACUAUCCUGUCUCGUAAUUUCCGCCUCUGAAACAACGGGGAAUUACCCAAAAUGGGGGCUGUUUUCGCUCUCUCACCCAAAGUUUUGACGUCGUCGACGGCCUUGAGGCGGUAGUAGUGUGCAGGGAUUUGCUGUCCGGGGUACACGAUAUACCGAGGGUCCUUUUUGCUUAUCAAAAGGGGGUCGCAGAUGACCCGGGGGAUCACAUCGAUUCGGCGCUCGAUUUCGCGUUUCAGGACCUGAAAUCGGGGUUAGAAAUGUGUGGGAAAAACAGGGGGACGUACCUUGGGGCCGUCGUGCCCGAUCGGGACAUGGGGGCCCCGUCGAGAGCGCAACGCAAACCGCAUUAUUUGUCUCUUGGCGAAAAUAAACAACAAGAUGAAGGUUAAGACACCCAAACCGAUGAUAAUCACGACUGUGACCCCGGAUAACUCCUCGGACAUGUUUUUGGGGCGCGUGAGGCGCUCGGCCUGGGCAGGCAUCGAGACAAGGGGGCCCGCAAUUUAUUGUACACGAUAAUUACACCUCAAUUGCAUUCUUUUCACUAAUUAAUGACUUGUUUGUUAAAAUUUACGACAUAAUUAAUGUCAAAAAGUGACAAGUGACACUAUUGACGUUUGCCUAACUUCACAUCACUGUUAUUGUCACUGAAUAAAAUUAAUUUAGCUUUUAUUAAACAAUUUCGUUGUGUUUUUUACCAAAUUAGUUUUCACUUGAUCGCCCCUUAGUGCCUAACUUCACACCAUUGAUAAAAAAUCGUUUUGCUCCUGUCAAACACUGAUUUUCCUUCAAAAAACGAGUUAUUUUGUAUUAAUUUGAUGUUAAUUAUGUCGGAGAUGGUCGAGGGUGACACUCCCGAGAGUAGCGGGACGGAAAACCACGUGAAAAAGUACGAGAUUUCCCCCAAUUUGGAGGAAAAACUCCGGGACGUCCCCGAAGCCCUGUCCUACAUCAAACAUCUAGAAAAACAGCUGCGAAAGCACAAGAAAAAGCUGAAAAAAAUCCGGGCGAAAUUGAAGGUGGUGAAACGUCACGAUGUAAGUACGCAAACCGAGACGAAAACCAUCACGGAGGAGAUCACCGAAGCGGCGGAAUUGGCCACACAAAACGCCGGUUUUGUGUACGAUGAAACGUGUGGAUUGUAUUACGACUCGAACACUGGCUAUUACUACAAUGCGGAGUAUGGGUUGUACUACGAGCCGAGUACAGGGACCUACAUGACCUACAAACCAGAGACGAACACGUACGAGUUUCAUUCGCGUGUUGCCGUUCCGCGGGAAAUUCAAAUUAAACGAAAAAAGAAAUGUAAGGAUGAGUCAAAAGCCUCGAAAUGCGUCAAAUUGGACAACGACACGUCACGACCGGAAACGGAAGAGGGGGAAUGCUCCGGAAGUACCACCGAUGAUGACACUAAUUCUGACACAAGUGAUUUAUCUAAGCAGUGGCCGCCCUGUAUGAGAAUAAUCGUAGAACAGUCUCAAGUACCAAAAAUCAAAAUUGGUUCCUUACACAUUGUGACGUUUGAAGGUGGUACUUUGGGUCGUGAAGGUACCCACUCUAUUGUCCUCCCCGACAUAAAUAUAAGUAAAAGUCACUUGAAAUUUACUUACGACUCGGAGAAAGGUACCUAUCACGUGACUGAUUUGGGUUCGCGUAAUGGUACCAUUUUGAAUGGUAAACGAAUCAGUACCUCGAAACAGGAAAGUAGUGCUUUGGAGGUACCACAUGGGAGUCGAAUUCAAGUUGGUUCGGUGGUACUCCUGUGUCACGUCCAUGACGGGUACAAAACUUGUGGUCAUUGUGAACCAGGUUUGGUUCAAAGUACCGAAAAAAAAAUUGAAGUUAAGUCAAAAGCCACAAAAAGUGAACAACAUAAAAAUGAGUUGAAAAAGUUGCGUAAAAAAUUCGGUGUAAGUCUCUAUGAGGAAAGUGGUAGUAAGUUAGCGUCCGGUUAUACCGACCGAGCACAAAAACGGCGCGAAACUGUCGGAAGUCAAAAUCCGCAUGAGAAAACGGAAAUUGCGUCACUAGACGAGUCAAUUCCGGCGCAGAAUAAAGGGUUUAAAAUGUUGGAGAAGAUGGGGUGGAAGGAGGGGCAAUCGUUGGGGAAGGACAGUCAAGGGUUGUUGGAACCAGUGAGGUUGGUAUCGAAUCCGGGGACUUCCGGGAUGGGGAGUGGCGAUGCAGUCGUUGCGGAUCAGUACGAUAAAAAUAAACAGAUAAUUUGGAAGAAGACACAAGAAAGGUUCAAAAAAUUGCCAACGACCAGUGUUUUUGAAGAGUCUGAUUGAUAUUUGUGUUUUUAGUUAAUUUGUUGUAAAUAUUUUUAUAAAUAAAUUAUUUUUUUACAAAUUUUAAGUGA